AUGAUAUCCAGCACCCUCCUCGCUGGCGGCCUGCUCGCGGCUGCCGCCCACGCCAUGCAGCCCAGCGCUGCGAAGCCCGUCGCCGCCCCCAUGCGCGACCUCCAAUGGGCACAGCUCAACUUCCUGCACACCACAGAUACCCAUGGCUGGCACGGCGGCCACCUGCAAGAGUCCCAAUACUCGGCCGACUGGGGCGACUAUGUCUCCUUCGCCCAUCACAUGCGGAACAAGGCCGACGAGCAGGGCGUCGACCUGCUUGUUGUCGAUACCGGCGAUCGCGUCGAGGGCAACGGCCUGUACGACGCCUCCCGGCCCAAGGGGCAGUACACAUAUGACAUAUUCAAAGAACAGGACGUCGAUAUCAUCUGUACCGGCAAUCACGAGCUCUACCUGCAUGAUACCGUCGCCCGUGAAUGGAACCAGACCGUGCCCAACUUCAAGGACACCUAUCUGGCCUCCAACCUGGACUACCUCGACCCAAAUACCGGCCACGCCGUGCCCAUGGCGCCGAGGUACAAGAAGUUCCAGACCAAGAACCAGAACCUAACCGUCGUGGCCUUUGGCUUCCUGUUCGACUUCACAGGCAACGCCAACAACUCCAUCGUCCAGCCCGUUUCCAAGACCAUCAAGGAGGAGUGGUUCCAGACCGCCAUAAGGGAGAAGCCUGAUGUCUUUGUCGUCAUCGGGCACAUCGGCCUGCGCAUGGACGAGAUCAAAAAGAUAUACAGCGAGAUUAGGAAGCAAAACUGGUUCACACCAAUCGCCUUCUUCGCUGGCCACGCCCAUGUCCGCGACGCCAUCACCUUGGACGCCAAGACUUUUGGAAUCGCGAGUGGGAGGUACUUUGAGACCAUCGGGUGGAUGUCCAUCGACGGUAUUGCAAAGAAGUCAAAGGAUGUGGAGACGACCGCCGUGUCUUUCAGCAGGAGGUACAUCGACAACAACCUCCUGGGCCUCUACCACCACACGGGGCUGAACGAGUCCACAUUCCCCACAGUCCAUGGACGCAAUGUUAGCAAGCAGAUCGCCAAGGCCCGGACGGCUCUGGACCUGGACCAGAAGUUUGGCUGCGCGCCUCAGGACUACUGGAUGGCUAGGACAAAAUAUCCCAGCAACGAUAGCGUCUUCACGUUGCUUGACCAACAGGUACUGCCUGACAUUAUCGUGAAAGAGUCACGGAAAGACAUCCCAAGGCUUGCUAUCAUCAACACGGGAGCAAUCCGUUUCGACAUUUUCAAGGGCCCUUUUACCCUUGACACCACCUACAUCGUCUCUCCAUUCCAAAGCAAGAUGACAUAUAUACCCGAAGUGCCUUACACUAUCGCAAAGAAGGUGCUGCCCCUGUUGAACAACCAGGGUCAGAUCCUCGACCAGCCCGCCUUCGACUCGAGGAUGAUGGGCCCCCCCGAGCAGUGGCACAUCACCGAGGACAUCGUCUACCCGAGCCCGGCCGCUGCGCAAAGUAUGCUGUAUGGCGAUGGACAGAAGCCGUUGGGUGACGCCACAGACGAGCCGGACCUUGUGAGUGGGUACACGACAAAGGACGACGUUGGGACUGAUGGCGACGAUGCCGUGCACGCCCCAAUCAACUUCUACACACAGCCAAACUGCAUCCAAGCUGAUAUUGGUAUGCCGCCAGAAGGCGCACCAGAGACAGUGGACCUGGUGUUUACUGACUUUAUCACGCCCUGGGUCCUGAUGGCUUUGAAGUUCAGUGGCGGCGAUUACAACGAGACGCAUGUCCAACUGUGGGACGAGGCUCCCUUCACGGACAUGCUGGCCAAGUGGGUCAAGGAGAAUUGGGACGAUAAGUGCUAA